AUGACGGAGACGCCGUGGAGAGAACGGAAGUCAGCUCAAAGGCACCGGAACUCUGAGCGGAUUGACCGGAAGUGCACUGCAGACCGCAACGCGUGGCCCGGAAGAGCUGCUGGCGUCCCCACCGCCGUUCCCAUCGUGUCUCCAUCCCAUUCCCUGUGCCGGUCCCAUCCCAUCACCAGCCCUGUCUUUGUCCCCAUCCCCAUCUCUGUUCCCAUCCCUAUUCCUGACCCCAUCCUUCUUCCUCUCUCCAUCCCAUUCCCUGUGCUGAUCCCCAUCCCGAUCCCCAUCCCUGCAAUGUCUCCAUGCUCAUCAUGUCCCCACGCCAAUUCCCUCCCCUAUCGCCACCCCGAUCCCCAACCCCAUCCAGUUCCCAUUCCUGUCCCCAUCCCCAUCCCUGUUCUCAUUCUUGCCUCAAUCCCCACCGCUGUCCCAUCCCCCACGCUCACCCCACAGCAGCAGCCCCCCCCCCCCCCCCCUCCCCCUCCGCUGGGGUGGGGGUUUCUUUUUUUUGGGGGGGGGGGGGGGGGGGGGGGGAAGAGGCAGUGGGGAGCUUGGGGACAUUGCCGUUUCCUUCCUCUUUUUCCUCAAAUCACAUGUAAGCUGUCACUGCUGUCACCUCAGUGCGAGUGCAUGGGGACGGCGAGGAGCACCGCGCUGCUGCUGUGGGCUCAGCUUCUCAGCCUCGUUGGCUCCCAACCCCCCCUGCUGACGAUGGACCCCCCCUGGACACCGCAGUUCGUGGGGCAGAGUGUGAAGCUGACCUGCGGGGAGCCCAGCGUGAGCAGCUCCAGCACCUGGUACGUGGAUGGGCAGUGGUGGAAGAAAACGCCAUCAAACCACCUCCACGUGGAGCUGAGUGGCAAAAGGAAAUACAGCUUCCAGUGCCGGACCCGAGGCUCUGAGCUCAGCCCUGCUGUUGACCUGACAGCCUCUAAUGACUGGCUGGUGCUGCAGGUGCCAAUACAGGCAGUGCUGGAGGGGGACUCGCUGUCCCUGCGCUGCAGCGCCUGGAAAAACACAAAGCUCAGCCAGGUGAAGUUCUUCCAUGACGGGAAGCUGCUGCAGGACAGACGUGGGGACGAACUGCUGCUGUCCCCAGCAGAGCAGCAGCACAGCGGCAGCUAUCACUGCUCAGCCUACGUGCAUUUCUUCAGCACAGGAUUGAAAGCCUCUGCCCAAACUGACCUCGUGGUGCAAGAGCUCUUCUCAGUGCCGGAGCUGAGCCUGCAGGGUCCCCAGGAGCCCCCCGAGGGCAGCGCCCUGACUCUGCUCUGCUCCACCCGUGGCAACGCACUGCGGCCCCACGUCUCCCUGCAGCACCUCUUCUACCAGGAUGGGCGGCUGGUGGGGGGGCCACAAUCGGCCCCCCAGCACCGGGUGCCGGCGCUGCUGCCGUCCCACUCGGGGUCCUACAGCUGCCAGGUGCAGACAGAGACGGGCAGCGUGCGGAAACGCAGCGCCCCCAUCACCGUCACUGUGAGAAGGAUUCCCGUGGCCGGGGUUUCCCUGCACUCCGAUCCCCCCGAUGCUCAGGUUCUGUUGGGUGACCGCGCGCUGCUGAGCUGUGCGGUGGCCGAGGGCUCCGGGCCGCUCUCCUUCUCCUGGCACCGGCAGAACCGCACGGGAGCGCUGGGCUCGGGGCCGCUCUACGAGCUGCGGGCGGCGCAGCUGGGGGACGACGACCGCUAUCACUGCACGGCCAGCAACGGCAUCAGCACGGCCAGCAGCCCGCAGCUGCGCCUCGCCGUCACACAUUCCCCACGUCCCACCCCAGAACCCCCCUCUGUGCCCCGCGCCCCCCAUCCCUCUCCGCUUGCUUCCAUCCAUCCCCGGCUCCGCAUCCCUGCCCCAGUGCCCAACAUCUCACUGCUCCCAUCCCCACCCCACCCGCGUUCCCUGUCCCACACCCCCCCACUCCACCCACAUCCAAUCUCUCGGUGUCCUCCAUCCCUCCUGAGUCCCUCCAUCUGUCCCCAGCUCCCCAUCCACGCCCACAUCGCCCCCAGCUCCCAAAUCCCUCCUGGAUCUGCAAUCCCAUCUCAUCCCACCCCAUCCCACCCCACCCCCUCCCCUCCCUCUGUCCGACCCCAUGCCCUCUCAGUGCCGGUGUCCAACGCCAGCAUCGCGGUGCUGGGGACGGAGGUGGGAGCAGAGCUGGAGCGGACGGCGGGCGAGGAGCUGAACCUGAGCUGCAGGGUGGGGGAGGGGACGGGGCCGGUGGGCUUCGUGUGGCUGCGGGACGGGCAGGAGCUGAGCAGGGGCCCCACGUGGCACCUGGGGGUGCUGGGGCCGCAGCACGCGGGCACCUAUCAGUGCGUGGCCGCCAACAGCCUGGGGACCCGGCGCGUCUUCAAGGCCCGCAGCCCCGAGGUUCUCCUGGUGGUGACGCGGCAGGGAUGGGGACGGCGGCGGGCGCAAGUCCUGGCUGCAGGGCUCCCCGCCUCCCUCCUGGUGCUGCUGGCUGUCGCUGCUGCGCUCGGUCGGCACUUCUGGCGGCGGCGGCGCGGCGGUGAGAGCCACAAACGGGGGGCGGCCGGGGUCCGACGCACGUGGGGACAACGGCGCUCCCCCGGGGACGCUCACCGCCUCCUCUCCCCUUCCUUCGCAGCAGCCUCCAAGAGGCAGCACAGGGACCCCGCAGCCCCUCCUGGCCUUUCUUCCCCCCCCAUCCUCAGCACGGAGCCCUCGGAGCCCGACUACAUCAACGUGCCGCCGCGGACGCCGAGCGCCGAGGACGUGCUGUACUGCACCGUCACCAUCACAGAGCGCGGGGGGGGCGCGUCCCCGCGGGGUCCCUCAGCCCCCCAGGAAGCCGCUGUCACCUACACAGACCUCCGGGGGAUGCAGCAUCCGAGCGACAGCUACGAAAACCUCCCUCACCAAUAAACGCCGGUCGUU